AUGAGUGGUCUUUACAAUUAGUUUGAUCUCAAUAACUUCUUGCCGAGCGCAUAUGUAGUGGAAGCCUUACCGUUGUGUUCCAUACAAGAAAAUUAAGUUAGAUCUGAAAGAGUUGGAGACCAAGAUGCUCGCAUCUACAGUGUGUACAAUCAGAGCAAAGAUAGAAUCACACAACAAACCAAUUUGGUAGACAAGAUAGCCAGGUUCGUUAAGGAUGAUGAAGAGAAAGAAGAAGAUCCAGAACAAUCAGUUGAAGUGCAGACCAGAUACUUUAAUCUCGAUAGUAUUGAUGUACUCUCGAAGGGAGUAUGUAGAAGAUGCAAAAAAGUAAUUGGUAGUGAUAACCGAAGCCUGGCCAUUUUGAAAAAUGGUGUGUUGAAGACAUUGCUGAAUCUAAAGUGACUUGUCGAUUUUGCUUGGGAGAUCAUUAUUUUUUGAAAUGCCCUAAUAGUUUGUGUUUCAAGUGCAACCAAGCUGGACAUAUGGCAAAGGAUUGCGAUGUAGAAGGUAUCAAAUGUCAUAGAUGCAACAAAAAGGGACAUAAAUCUAAAGAUUGUAAUGUUAUCAUUCUAGAUGAUGAAAAUGUGUUUGAAAAGGACAAAUAAAGAUUAAAGGAUCUUUUGUGUUUGAAUUGUCAAGAGAGAGGACAUUUGAAUUGUUUCUCAAAAGGAUAUAAAAAAUAUGAUCUACUUUACUGUGAAGGGAAGGAGUAAAGAGAAAGGGAAAAAAUGAAUAGGACUGACCAUUCUUCGAAGGAUAAACAUAACAAUUAACAUCAUAAUAAUCAAGAUCAUCAUUAACAUCAUCAUCAUCAUCAUUAGCAUAAUAAUUAACAUCAUCGUUAACAUGAUAAUCAUCACAAUCAUUAAUAACAUAAUCAUUAACAUGACAAUCAUCAUUAUUAAAAUAAUUAGCAUUCAUAUAAAUAAAAACACUUGAAAGAAUAAACCUAAAAUCUACCUCAUAAAGUCAAUAAAACAAUUUAAAAAUAAAAGUAUCAUCAAUAAGACUCAUCCUCACAAUAUUCCAUGUGGUCAGAAGAAUCUCCAAAUACUAAAAGGAUGAAUAAUAAUAAACAAAGAAAAAAUAAGAUUAAAUAGAAAAAGCAUUUCAAAUAAUUUAAUUGA